AUGAGCAUGAAUAACAAUGAAGGGUCCAAGAUCAUGGAGAGUACAAAAGAAAAGACUGAGAAUCAAAUUUGGAGAGAGCUUCCUUUAGAGCUUCUGAGCUCAGUAAUGGCUUAUCUUGAAAUCAAAGAUAACAUACGAGCUUCUAUUGUAUGCAAAUCGUGGUACGAGGCCGCAGUUUCGGUUAGGGUCAUAGACCAGCCUCCUUGGCUCAUCUACUUCCUUAAAUCAAGAAACUCUUACGAGUUUUACAAUCCAACAAGCUGCAAGAAAUAUACAAUGGAGCUGCCUGAAUCUUUAGUUGGCGCCAUUGUUCGUUACUCUAGAGAUGGUUGGCUUCUUAUGAGCAAAAACAUUUCAUCAGACUUUGUCUUGUUUAAUCCAUUUACCAUGGAUCUUGUGGUCUUGCCUUAUCUUGAGUUGUGGUAUGGUUACCAAUUAGUGGGAUUCUCUUCUGCUCCUACAUCAAGCAGUUGUGUGGUGUUCACAAUCAAGGAUUAUGAUCCGGGCCAUGUCACCAUCCGGACUUGGAGUCCCGGUGAAACUACAUGGACUUCAACGCAGGUCGGGUCUCAAUUCCUUGACGUUAAACAUAAUUAUGUUGUCUUCUCAAAUGGUUUGUUUUAUUGUCUCAACCUAAGAAAGUACCUCGCGGUUUUUGAUCCAUCUUUACGGACAUGGAAUGUCCUCGAUGUACUGCCACCACCUAUAUGCCGCGGUUACAUAGAUGAUGAGAGUUGGUAUGAAGGAAAGUUCAUGGUGGGUUAUAAAGGAGACAUAUUUCUCAUAUGCACAUAUGGAAACGAGGACCCGUUGGUGUUUAAACUCGAUCUUACACAAGGUAUUUGGGAGAAGAAGGAAAAUCUUGGUAGUUUAACGGUUUUUGUGAGUACUAUGUCGUGUGAACCGAGAACUUAUGUCCCCGAGAGGAUGUUAAGGAAUAGUAUCUACUUCCCGAAGUUAUGUUACAAUGAGCCGCGUUGCGUGGCAUAUUCGUUUGAUGAAGGCAGAUACCAUCCGCGUGUGCAUAAUCUUGACUGGGAAAAGAUACACUCUUCUGAGAACAUUUGGAUCGAGGCUCCUAAGAACGCCUUUGAGCUAGUUUAA